AUGACGUUUGGCAUUGAUUUCGACUGGAGCUUGAAAGGUGUCAUUUGGCCUUUGAACCUCCGGUUUUUGAAGUUUGGCAACUGCUUUCGACAGAGUUUGGAAGAUGUUGCAUGGCCAUCACAGCUCACCAAUCUACAGUUUGGCUUCAGAUUUAACCCAUCUUUCCAAGCUCUCCUUUGGCCCGACAGCCUCCAGAAUCUGACCCUUUGCAUGAGUUCCAACCUGAAUGUGAAAGAAUUGAUAUGGCCCCAGAUGCUGAGCAGCCUCACGUUUGGCGAUCGCUUCAAUCAAAGCUUGAAUAGUGUUUGGUGGUCGCUUUAG